GCGCGCGUGCGCGGCGCCGCAGUCUGUGGGUUGGCUGGUUAUUUUGCAAGCGGGAGGGGCUGUGCGCGCUCCUGCCUUCGGCUUCUGUCCCCCAUCCCCCCUUCCCCGGUCCCGGUCUCUCCUUCGGAAAGAUGUCGGACACCGCGGUAGCUGACACUCGGCGCCUUAACUCGAAGCCGCAGGACCUGACUGACGCUUAUGGGCCGCCAAGUAACUUCCUGGAGAUCGACAUCUUUAACCCACAGACGGUGGGCGUGGGCCGCGCGCGCUUCACCACCUAUGAGGUUCGCAUGCGGACAAACCUGCCUAUCUUCAAGCUGAAAGAGUCCUGUGUACGACGGCGCUACAGUGACUUUGAGUGGCUAAAAAAUGAGCUGGAGCGAGAUAGUAAGAUUGUAGUACCACCACUGCCUGGGAAAGCCUUGAAGCGGCAGCUCCCUUUUCGAGGAGAUGAAGGGAUCUUUGAGGAGUCCUUUAUUGAAGAAAGGAGGCAGGGCCUCGAACAGUUUAUUAACAAAAUUGCUGGGCACCCACUGGCUCAGAACGAACGCUGCCUACACAUGUUCCUGCAGGAGGAGGCAAUUGACAGGAACUACGUCCCUGGGAAGGUGCGCCAGUAGGAGCCCCUCUCACCACUUGCCCUCUACUUUCCUGCUGAAAUGACAUUGGUUUUUACACUAAGCCUCUCUCUCUCUCUUUGAUCUGAAGUUGGCUCUCCAUCCCCUGGCCUGAUAGACUGUCUGGCAUUGUGUUCCUUGGUACCUGACUAUACCAUGGGCACUCUGCUAGGAUCCUCUCCUCUGAGGAGAGGUGGGAAACCACAGGCAGAUGCCCUUUGCUUGGGGUUGGGGGGUGGGUGGGGGGAUUGGACUGGAAGGCAAUUUCUUGGGCAUUUACCCAUGCCAGAAGGCUAACCUUGUGGGGGGCGGGUCUUGUGCUGGUGGGGCACUUGGGUACAUACUGAUGCUGCAAGUCCAGGGGAUUUUUCUUACUCUUAGGUUUAACCAGGAACACUGAGCAGGGAAAGACCCUGCCUUUCCUACCUGCAUGAACUUUUUUCCUUGUGGGGAAGGUGGCAGAGACUGAAAAGCUCUCGUUUCCUCUAGGCCUGUUCCCAGUUUUUUCAAGAGUUUCUUUUGUUGUACUUUCUCUCUCCCUUGUUGCUUUUCAUGGCAGUAAUUCUAGAGUCUAAGCAGUCUGUUGUGUGGAGCAAGGUGUGUGAGUUUUCUGGGCCCAUCAUCAUGGCUACUUCAGAGUCAGAAGAAAGCCAUAGGGCAGUCGGGGAGCUCCUGUUGCCUAGCCCCUUUCCUUUGUGGCUCCCGGCUCUGGCUGCCUGUCCUCGCUCACCAGCAGGUGAGUCAGAAUGGGCUGGGCUGGCAGUUCUCCCUCCCCAAGCCCUUGCUUCUUUUAUGGGUUAGCUUUGCAGAUUUGGAGGCUUGAGGGCUAGGGGAAACUCACCACUCCCAGGUAACUCCCUGAAGGGUGGGAGUGGAUCAUUUUCUAGGUACCUCCCGGUGGUAGGGAGGUACCACUCUCUUCCUUCCGUUCUCCCUUCCCCCCAUCCCAUUUAGUGCUGCCACAAGACAGAAAACACAUGAACAAACCACACAGUCUGUGACUUCUCCUAAGCACUUUGAGCUAUUGAUGGGGCUUAGGGGCAAGAGUUGUCGCUGCCCUCCCCAGCUUGGUCACAGGGUUAUUGAACUGCCUGCACUGGUUUCCCAUGGAACCCCAGCAUUCUCCCCGGAAGCUGAGCUAGGGUUAGCAGCUGGGUAUAGAUUUCCUAAAACUUAGAGUCUGAGGCAGCUUCUUGAGGCUGGCGACUUUCCUGGGCUUCUGUCUGGGAUGUAGUGGUUUGUUUGCUGGGGCCCGAUAUCUGUCCCAAGUGGUGGGAUGGGAGCAGGUUAACUCUGGUGUCAGGUCAAAAGUGGGGGCUCUUUGCUUAGACACCCUAUCAUGGAAGGACUGGAAUUCUUUAUAUAGGGUCUUGAGGGAAAGGAUUACUGAUUCUGAGAAGACCCUGAUCGGAGAGAUUAGGAUUGAAUUUUGAUAUGGGGUUUGGAGUCCAUCUAAAUGUUGAAGUUCCCUGACACAGAUCAGCUCUUCAGCUGCCGGGCCUGUGCCAGGGGCUGAGCAGCCCCUAGAGUGGGGCUCUGCUCACUUUCCCACCUUCCCAGUGUUGGUGUUGUUGCUGCCUUUUUCAUUUGUAUCUUCUGUUAUUGACUUUUUUUUAAAAAAAGAUUCCUCCUUUCAUUGUGCACAAGUGCUGAGAGCCUGAGGCCCCAUUUCUGCUGUGUAUAUAUCCUGACUCGGGGCUUUUAUUCAGCAAAAUGUUCAUUCUUCUGUCAGACAAUGUCAUAUUCAACUCUGUUCAUAUUAAACCACUGUGAAGCAA